CAGGUUGGUGAGGAUCAGGGUUCAGCAGAUGGGGAGGCGUGGGGGAAUGAUGACUCUGGGGCAUGGCCAUGGUGCUCAUGUCAGCGGGAUUGAGAGUCGGGUCGAAGAGAGGCGAGUUGAAGUGAUCCCCUUGGCCUGGACUAUUGGCUGGAGGAAACAGAGAGAAAUCGUUGCCAGCAAAGGUCGGGUCGAGGAAGGCCUGGCUGGCUUGAUUGCCGGCAAAGCCUGUCGGGUCGUUCAGGCUGGUCUGUCCGAAUGACUGACCAGGCUGCUGGCUGUUGAGGAAGCUACUGCUGUUGUUAAAGGCUGUGAAGUCGGGAUUGGAGGACGUGGCUGCUCCGGCGAAGCUUGGGUGGCAGAUUGAUCAAGACCCGAGACCGAGACCGAUGGAGGGGCUCAUUUCUGGGGCCGGGAUACGGAGCGGGGGACGUA